CAUCUUCUCCUUGGCUUCUGACCUAAAGAGAUUGUGAAUCCAUCAGCCAUGUUGCCUUUAAUCUUGUUAGCGAUCUGUCUGAUUUCCACAGGCCAAGCCUACGACUACAAUGACGUUAUCAAAAAGUCAAUCUUGUUCUUCGAGGCCGAGCGAUCGGGUGAUCUGCCGAAUGACAACCGCAUCGACUACCGCGGUGAUUCUGCUAUGGGGGACAAGGGAUUCAACAAUGAAGACUUGACUGGUGGAUGGUACGAUGCUGGAGACCAUGUUAAGUUUGGCUUGCCCAUGGCUUCCUCUGCCACUCUACUUGCCUGGGGUAUCAUCGAGUUCGGAGGAGCUUACAGUGCUGCGGGCCAGUACAAUAACGCUCUUGACGAGAUCCGAUGGGCCACUGACUACUUCCUCAAAUGCCACGUCUCCCCCAAUCAGCUCUACGUCCAGGUUGGUGAUGGUAAUGCUGACCAUGCAUACUGGGGUCGUCCCGAAGACAUGACCAUGAGCAGACCAGCUCUGAGGGUCACUAAAACAAAUCCCGGCUCCGAUGUUGCAGGAGAAACAGCCGCUGCCUUGGCCGCUGCUUCCAUUGUCUUCAAGAAUAGUGACCGAAGCUACUCGAACGAACUUCUUGAUCACGCAAAGACCCUCUUCGACUUCGCCGACCAGAACCGCGGAAAAUACACCGACUCCCUCUCCGGACCUGGCAGUUUCUACAGAUCCUCUGGCUACAAUGACGAGCUUGCAUGGGCUGCUAUCUGGCUCUAUCGAGCUACGGGAACACAGUCUUACCUCACCAAAGCCAAGAGCUUGUAUAGUUCUGGCACACCCUGGGCCCUGUCCUGGGACGACAAGAACGCCGGUGUACAGAUGUUAAUGUACCAACUUACAGGAUCGAAUGACUACAAGAAUGCUGUAAUCGGAUUCCUAGAUAGUUGGCAGCCUGGUAGAAUGACUUACACACCAAAGGGUCUGGCAUGGCGAAGCGAAUGGGGACCACUCCGCUACGCAGCCAACACUGCUUUCAUCGCUGCAAUAGCUUGCCGCGAUAAUAUCAACGGCAAUAAAUACUGUUCAUUUGUGGAGCAACAGAUACACUACAUGCUCGGUUCCACCGGCCGAAGCUUCGUCGUUGGAUUCGGUAACAACCCCCCUCAACGUCCUCAUCAUCGAUCAAGCUCCUGCCCCGAUCAGCCCCAAUCCUGUAGCUGGAACGAGUACAACUCUGCGAGUGCGAACCCCCAGACUCUCCAAGGAGCCCUGGUCGGAGGUCCUGACCAGUACGACAACUAUAACGACAAACGUGACGACUACAUAUCCAACGAGGUCGCCUGCGACUACAACGCCGGCUUCCAGUCCGCUGUUGCCGGUCUCAAGCAGCUCGUCAUGGAUGGAUCUAAAGAGAUAGUGAAUCCAUCAGCCAUGUUGCCUUUAAUCUUGUUAACGAUCUGUCUGAUUUCCACAGGCCAAGCUUACGACUACUGUGACGUUCUUCACAAGUCAAUCUUGUUCUUCGAGGCCGAGCGGUCGGGUGAACUACCGAAUGACAACAACAUCGACUACCGCGGUGAUUCCGCUAUGGGGGACAAGGGAAACAAUAAUGAAGACUUGACUGGUGGCUGGUAUGAUGCUGGAGACCAUGUUAAGUUUGGUUUGCCCAUGGCAGCCUCGACCACUUUACUUGCCUGGGGCAUUAUCGAGUUCGAAGGAGUAUAUAAUGCUUGUGGCGAGUACAAUCACGCUCUGGAUCAGAUCCGAUGGGCCACUGACUACUUCAUCAAAUGCCACGUCUCUAACAAUGAGCUGUACAUCCAGGUGGGUGAUGGCCAUGUUGACCAUGCAUAUUGGGGUCGCCCCGAAGAAAUGACCAUGGACAGACCGGCUCUGAAGGUUACUGCCUCAUUGCCCGGUUCCGACGUGGUGGGAGAAACAGCCGCUGCCUUGGCCGCUGCUUCUAUUGUCUUCAAGGAUAAUGACUCAAGCUACUCAAACGAACUUCUUGAUCACGCAAAGACCCUCUUCGACUUCGCCGACCAGUACCGCGGAAAAUACACCGACUCCCUCUCCGAACCUGGCAGUUUCUACAGAUCCUAUGGCUACAAUGACGAGCUUGCAUGGGCUGCUGCCUGGCUCUAUAAGGCUACGGGAACACAGUCUUACCUCACCAAAGCCACGAGCUUUUACAGUUCCGGCACACCCUGGGCCCUGUCCUGGGACGACAAGAACGCCGGUGUACAGAUGUUAAUGUACCAACUUACAGGAUCAAAUGAUUACAAGAAUGCUGUAAUCGGAUUCCUAGAUAGUUGGCAGCCUGGUAGUAUUACUUACACACCCAAUGGUCUGGCAUGGCGAAGCGAAUGGGGACCACUCCGCUACUCAGCCAACACUGCUUUCAUCGCUGCAAUGGCUUGCCGCGAUAAUAUCAACGGCAAUAAAUACUGUUCAUUUGUGGAGCAACAGAUACACUACAUGCUGGGUUCCACCGGCCGAAGCUUCGUCGUUGGAUUCGGUAACAACCCCCCUCAACGUCCUCAUCAUCGAUCAAGCUCCUGCCCCGAUCAGCCCCAAUCCUGUAGCUGGAACGAGUACAACUCUGCGAGUGCGAACCCCCAGACCCUCUAUGGAGCUCUGGUCGGAGGUCCCGACGAGUACGACAACUAUAACGACGAUCGUGGCGACUACAUAUCCAACGAGGUCGCCUGCGACUACAACGCCGGCUUCCAGUCCGCUGUGGCCGGCAUUAAGCAACUCGUCACGGAUGGCAAAAUCUAGUUUGCUCACCGGCCCCCGAGCCUUUUUGACCAUGCUGGAGAAAGAAAUUCGUGUUAAAAAUCAUUAUCGGCAAUGUUUUUUGAUUUAUUUGACAGAAAAUGAGUAAAAUGAUCGUCUCAGUGAGAUAUUAAACCACCGUGUAUAAUUGUUAACGCUUUCACUUGCAGACAAAAUUUGCAUUGUGUUAUAUCUUUGAUAUCCAACAUGGGUAUGAAAGAUAUCCUCUAUAAAUCCCCACACUCAAUGUAUAAUUUUUGCAUGUAAAAUACAUUAUAUUGUCUAACAUUAUCCGAACCUACUGGACUGUAAUAAUUAAUUUCUAUGGUUACAUGUCACAUAAUUAUGUUACUAUUACGUAUAUUCUAUAAAUCGAUUUAAAUAUAAACCUUUUGGAAUCUGUACUCGCCCUCAAAUGGAUACAAUAAAGUCAAUAUUGCAACAACAACAAAA